UAGCCAGUACAUUUGUUGUUUUGAUGAUGGAUGUAAGGCUUUGGGAAAUGUCUCUCGUGGAUUAUGCAUGGUGUCUCAAUACUUUCGAAAGUGUGGAUUUAAAUACUGUGUCCUGGAAUUAAAACUGUUGAGAAGUUCAUUCAAAUCUCUGUGAAACAAAUUCAGGUGGAUAAAACAAAAUUGAAAUGUAGCCAAUAAAAAUGGAUUUCAGGGGGAUUCAUUAGCUGUGUUUAUGCAAUUCCAGGGUAUUAUGUCAAUGUGAUUAGUGAAUGUUCACAGUGUAGCUGAAGAAAUAAAGAAAAGUGCAUUUCAUCUAAAAACGUCACAGCGUUUACUCUCUCCUGCACUAAUUAACUUCUUUACACUUUAAAUAAAUUGUAAUUUGUGCUACAGAUAAUUUAUCCAAUCUUUGUUCUUAGCAAAAGUUUCCUUUUUCUACAGUUAAUUCCAGACAGUGUCAAAAUUCAGUAAAACCUACAAUAAUGUAUGAAAAAGACAAAUUUUGAAUAUCUUGCAGAAGGAGAGCUUGCAUCCUUAAAGAAUAUGUUGAAAAUAUUUGUGGAUCCAGUUUAACAAUGGUUUUACAGUUGUAUUAAAGGAAGAACAAUAUUAUAACUAUGUGUAAUAUUGUGACAACUCAGACAUUUUACUUCCUUGUCUCAUGUUUCAUGCAAUCAUUGGAGAAAAGCUGACACAAGUUAUUUUAUGACUGAUGUAAAUGAUUCUUUUGGUCAAUAUUUUUCAUUAAUGAAUAGUGUUUCCCACAGUACAAUAUUUCAACCAUAAAAAUCCAAUGAAGGAUUCUAAAUUGCUACAAGAAACAAUGGCUUUAUCUGAAAGAACAGAUAAUUUUUCUGAGCCUGAUUUUAAUCAAGGCGUGAUAUCGCUCCGUAUAGUGGAUGAUACCAUGUACGCCAUAUUUGACCAGAAUCUGACCGACUAUAUCCACACUUGCAAUAAAACACAUUCUAUAGGAGACUGGGAGCAGCACAUUAAUGCGUUGUUGAAAAUUCAAUCUUCCGCAGAAAAAGAAGAAAAGGCAAUAACGUCCAUUAAAAAAGAGCCCAUUCACGUUGAGCAGUUCCUGCAGAAGCUUCGACAGAAAAAACUGGACAAGUAUCUCAAGUUUGAAGUGCGGGCUAUUGUCCGCAACCAAGAAGAACACCCAUGUACCAUAGCAACCCUUCCAGAUAAUGUCACCAGAAAUGUGUGUCAGGAUGUAGUAUCAUUUGACCAUUCCUUGGUGACAUUGAGGGACAUUCCUCCAGGUGAUGACAGCAGUUAUAUCAAUGCCAGCUAUAUUGAGGGUUACCAUGGUGAUAUCGAGUACAUUGCCACUCAGGGACCGAGAGGGAAGACCAUGGCUGCAUUCUGGCAUCUCGUUUGGCAGGAGAACGUUCAUGUCAUCGUCAUGGCAACAGGCCUCUUUGAAAAUGCAGCUCAACAGUGUGAUAAAUACUGGGGGAACAUUCUCAGUGUGCAAAAAUAUGUACGUCAGGGCAAUAUCCACAUUGUCCUCAAGGACACCCUGGAACUCUCUAAACUUGUGAUACGAACAUUCCAAAUUUGUAAGGAUGGUUGUGAUGAGACUCGCAUUGUGAAGCAUUAUGAGAUGUCUGGUUUCACAGACGAGGGUACGGACCCGGGCUUUCUGCUCGAUGUGAGGCGCCGUAUCAACCGAACUCUGCUCACCUCACCCGGGCCCAUGCUAGUGCACUGCAGAUGUGGUGGGGGUCGGACGGCAACUUUCAUCGCCAUUGACUACUGCCUCAAGCAACUGGAGCAUGAAAACUUCGUUGACAUCUACAGUACUGUUCUCUGUCUGCGAAAGUUCAGAACUAACAUGGUUCAAACUCUGUCACAGUACCGCCUUAUCUACGACACCCUGGCCAUGUAUGUUCAAGUCUGGACCACUGUGAUACCGGCUUCUCAGCUUCCGGCUGUUGCUCACAAACUCAUGCUCAAAAACCAACAAACAAACACCACAGGAUAUGAGAAGGAAUUUCAGUUCCUUCAACAAAUUGUGCCAAAAAUCCUGAUUGGUGACUGUGCAAGUGGACAUAGGGACGAGAAUAGGAAUAAAAGCCGGGACAUCAUGUUGCUUCCACCUGAGAGGGCUCGGCCAUAUUUACAGACCAUUGAAACCAACGACAUGGGAACAGACUUUAUCAACGCUGUGUUUGUGGAUGGUUACCGCCAGGAAAACAGCUACAUCGCAACUCAGUGGCCCAUGCAGGGAACUAUCAAUGACAUCUGGAGGCUCCUUUUUGACUUUAAAAUCAACACACUGGUUGUCCUGAAUGACAACAAGAUACACAGGAGCACCCCAUGUUUUUGGCCCAAGGCGCUGGAUAAGGAAGUGAAAUAUGGACCGAUCGGAGUAAAAUACCUUGGCUGCCAGAAAUAUCCCCACAUCAUCAUCAGGGCUUUUGCCAUCAGAAAGCUGCCCAAUACCAGAUAUAAUGACCUAUUUCUGGAUUUAGAUACCGGCCAAGUUUCGAUGGCGACUGCUCUGCCGUUUAUUGACUUGCUCACAAAGAGCAGGGACUCCUUGGUUGUAAAGAUGUUUCACUACACAAGCUGGCACACACGUGACCUCGUGCCUACAUCCACCCGCUCUUUUCUGUACAUGAUGGGCUGCGUGGAUGAAUGGCAACAGAAAAACAACCCACUCAGCACUGUCUGCGUCAUGUCCAAAGAUGGUUACAGUAAAUGUGGGUUGUAUGGUACGCUGGCGUUCUGCUGUGACCAGCUUCACUGUGAGGGAGAGGUGGACAUCUUCAAUGCCGCCAGGAUCGUCAAGAAAAACAGAUCACAGCUUAUCAACACGCUGGCUGAGUACAUCUACUGUUACACAUACAUGUCGCUCGUGGUUCACCUGAUGCAGGAUGACUCUCCCAAGUUCCUUGUGACAACCCCAACUGUGAUAGAAGGUGAGAUCCAGCAUGGGUACGAACUCUUGACUGGUUUUGAGAAUGUGCUUAGUGGCAAGCCUCUAGAUAAAAAUGAGAAACAUGGCGGAACCAAUCAGCUCAAAAAUCAGAAUCUUAUGACAGCUUUCAUGGAUGAGAAUGAAGUAGAUUCCCUUGACUCAAAUGACAGACUGUAUUGCCCUGGAUUUGAGGCAUACAGUCUGCCCCCUAGAAGCGAAAAUCUUGACAAUGGUCACAGAAAAUCCUCAGGUCUUCAUGUGAAAGAAAAUGGACACAUCAACAAAAAUGUGGGUAAACAGUCGAGAUCAACUGUGAAUGUCUCUGCACCUAAAGCUCCUGGCCAUAUUCAUACUUGGGAAGAUGAAAGGUGUUCACAAUACAACGAAAACUCCAAAAGCCAGACCUUUCCACGAAGAGAAAGCAACAAGCGACGGCCACUGUUUCGACAAAAUGCUCAAGAAAUGAACGAACUUUGCCAGCAGGCUUCGACUUCCACACAAUCAGAAAGUUUUGAAUCCAGUUAUCUCUGAUAAAAGUGUGUGCAUAGUAUUUUUGUUGGAUUUCAUUUGCAUUCCCACCUAAUGUUUAUCCGUAUUUUUAUAUCCAUUGUUUAUAUUAACUUUACCUGUAGUGUUUGUCUUGUUUCCUUUCUACCUAUAUACGCAGAUAGCAUUUAUUUGUCAUACUCUACUUUCAUCAGCUAUAGAGUGUCUACUUUUAUUAUCUAUGGAAAUUCUACUUUCAUCGACUAUGGAGUAUCUUCUUUCAUUAUCUAUGGAUUAUUUACUUUUGUUAUCUAUGGAUUAUCUACUUUCAUCAGCUAUGGAUUAUCUACUGACAUUUUCUAUGGAUGACCUACUUUCGUUAUCUAUAGAUUAUCUCUUUCAUCAGCUAUGGAUUAUCUUUCAUUACCUAUGGAUUAUCUUCUUUCAUUAUCUAUUGAUUAUCUAUGUCCGUUAUCUAUUGAAUAUCUUCUUUCAUUAGCUAUGGAUAAUCUACUUUCAUUAGCUAUGAAUUAUAUUCUUUAGUCCGCUAUGGAUUAACAAAUCCCAUUAGAUAUGAAAUAUUUUCUGUAUUUUACUUGUCCUGGUCAUUUUUUGGCAAUUUUGUCUUUGGUUCAUGACAUUUAAGAUUUUCAGAUAGCUUUUUGGUGUGUUAUAAAAAUGGGUACAAUACUGUGAAAUCAUAAAUAUUGGUGGGACUUUAAUGAACAUGCUAAUUAUUAACCUCAUGCGUCACCACUUGAUUUUGUUUCUUUGAUCAACUAUUUAAUCGAUAUAUAAUUAAACGCUCUUUCAGUGUUUUCACAGCUUGCAAAAAUCCUAAUUGACAUUAAAUGGCUUCACUAUUUUAUAUCCUUGAUGUGGUGCAUCUUUAUUUAUGACCCUUAAAUUACCAAUCAAGCGAUAAUUGACAUGGGUAUCUGCGACAAUUGACAUAUUGUCCCAUUGUAGUGUCAUAAACUGCAUAACGUAUAUGAUACAUAGCACAAGAUUGGCACUUGGUGAAUUUGUAGACGAUUUAGGAUUGCAGUUUUGAUUUUUUUUUCUCGAAAAAUGAAAAUCCACGAAUUUAAGUACCCACGAAAUUUACCUUUUUCGAAAAACCACGCAAUUUUAAGCCCAAGAAUAUAAAUUAUUUCACAGUAACACAUUUAUGCAAUCAAUUUUACUGGAAUGCUGUUAAGUUAUUAAUUUUCCAAGAGACAUUUUUUGAGUAAACUUGUAAUUGACCUGACGCUUAAGUUGGAUCAAAUCAGUAAUUAAGGGGUUGGUUUUAGUUCUAUUUCAGCAUCAUGUAAAUUGAUAAACUGCACAGAAUUAAAUUUAUCAUUUUAUGAAUGAUUUUGACAAGUAUUACAGUUAUAUCCGCCAUGGUGCGAGAAUGCUAUUCUUAAUAGUGUGAUGCUCAUCUUUCAUCCUGCUCGAAGUACAUAACAAACACCUUGCAUCUUGAUUCAAAAGUUUGCUCGAAGUGUCUGUUUCCAACUAUGUUGAUAAUUAUUGUUGAUUCAUAUGAAUAUGAAAGUUACUUAACUUUGUAUGGGGUUAAGCCUGCCUUAUAAGUGAAAUCACACUCUUUUUCAUCUUAGUAUGGGUGCAAGGCAGUCGGAUCAGAUUUUUCAAGAUCACGGGCACCACUUAGUAUACAAGUAAUAACAAAAAGGUUAAUUUUGUAUAUAGUCCAUUUCUUAAAAGCAAAUAAGUAAAAUAUUGUUGUUAUCAACAUUAUUGGGAAACAAUGUUUUGAUGGCUGUAACAUGGAAAUUAUUAGAAAAAAAAUUGGAAAUGUUCUCAUAAAAGAUGGGUUGUAUGUUCAUCAUUCCGGCUAUAAUAUUUGAUGAGUUUUACAUCGUGAUCAACGUUCGCAAACAGUAUGUUACCAUUCCUUAUAUUGUACAAGAUCGUUGAUUCAUUUACCGGUGCAAAGACCAGGGGCAGUAUUCAUAAAAAUUCUUAAGUCAUAUGAAAUAAAAGAUAAAGAAAUUCCAAAAUACAUUAUUUACAUUGACGUUAUUGAAAAAAAAACAUACUUAAAUGUUAAAAACACUUAUGCAUUUCUUUUAAUUUGACUAUGGAUUUUUAAGAAAUUGACUUAAGUUAGGAAAUGUGACUUUAGAUGCCGUAUGAAUACGGCCCCAGUACAGGAUGAAAUGGGGAAAAAAACACAACAGGAAGGCAACCACAACCAGAGGGCAAUGUCCAUAUUUAUUCAUGUCUGUCAUACCAAUGUGUGAUAUCUCUCUAUGCCAGCAAUGUUAAAUGGUUUCAAUCUUUCAAUUAGCAUGUUUGUGGUUCAUUAACUUACCUGAAAUCAUAAUUGUUGCAAUAAGUUAUUUUGAAUUUAUUUCAUAUAUUCAUGUUUGUCCAAAUUUGUGUACAUUUUGUCUUUCACAUCAUUAAGUGUUAAAGUUUUGUUGUUUAUUUUUGUCAAAUGUUUUCUUAUAUUUGUUUGAUUGUAUAAAGUUUUCUAUUUACUUCAAAUAAUUUAUACAGCACCAAGUGUUAACCAAGAAUACAGAGGUUUAAAGAAU